ACUAAUUUGAGGGAAUCUAUUUCUAUAAAACCUCUGAAAUUAGUUUGAGGAACCAUUUCUAACAUCACCUUUAUUAUCAAAUGAAGUUCUGCUGCAGGGCACAGGGCACCCCUGAAGGAAGGCCUGGCGAAGUCUCAGAAGUGCAUCAGCGUAAACAGUUUUGCCACUGGCCCUGUAAAUGCCCUCAUCAGGAGCCCAGUUGCCCUCCUGGAGUGAGCCUGGUGAGGGAUGGCUGCGGAUGCUGUAAAAUCUGUGCCAAGCAACCAGGGGACACCUGCAAUGAAGCCGACCUCUGCGACCCACACAAAGGGCUGUACUGUGACUACUCAGCAGACAGGCCUAGGUACGAGACUGGAGUGUGUGCAUACCUCGUAGCUGUGGGAUGCGAGUUCAACAGGGUUCAUUACCAUAAUGGCCAGGAGUUUCAGCCCAAUCCCCUAUUUAGCUGCCUCUGUGUCAGCGGGGCCAUUGGAUGCACUCCUCUGUUCAUACCAAAGCUGGCUGACACUCACUGCUCUGGGGCUAAAGGUGGAAAGAAGUCUGAUCAAUCAAAGUGUGGCCUGGGACCAUUACAACAGCAGCUCUCAACAAGCUACAAAGCAAUGCCAGCUUAUAGGAAUCUCCCACUUAUUUGGAAAAGAAAAUGUCUUGUGCAAGCAACAAAAUGGACCCCUUGUUCCAGAACAUGUGGGAUGGGAAUAUCUAAUAGGGUAACCAAUGAAAACAGCAACUGUGAAAUGAGAAAAGAGAAAAGACUGUGUUAUAUUCAGCCUUGUGACAGUAAUAUAUCAAAGACAAUAAAGAUCCCCAAAGGAAAAACGUGCCAACCUACUUUCCAACUCUCCAAAGCUGAAAAAUUUGUCUUUUCUGGAUGCACAAGCACUCACAGUUAUAAACCCACUUUCUGUGGAGUAUGCUUGGAUAAGAGAUGCUGUGUCCCUAAUAAGUCUAAAAUGAUUACCGUUCAAUUUGAUUGCCCAAAUGAAGGGUCAUUUAAAUGGAGGAUGCUGUGGAUUACAUCUUGUGUAUGUCAGAGAAACUGCAGAGAUCCAGGGGAUAUAUUUUCUGAGCUUGAGAUCCUAUAAAACCAAGCACACGGGGGAAAAGUUAAGGUCAGUCAAUCAUGUCAUUAUAUCACAAAAUUAAAAUGGUUUUAAAAGGUUGGCAAAUCUGCCUUAUUGACUUAAAACAGUAAGAAUGCCUAGCUAUUCUCAGAUGACUGUA